AUGCAUGAAUGCAACAAAUGUGGAAAGUCUUUCAUACAAAAGUCAUACCUCACUUUGCUUCAGCGAACACACACAGGAGGGAAACCUUAUGAAUGUAACAUAUGUGGAAAAUCUUUUGCCCGGAAGACACAUCUUACUGUCCAUCAGAGAACACACACAGGAGAGAAACCUUAUGAAUGUCAGACAUGUGAAAAGUCCUUCACCCGGGAGGCAAACCUCCAGAGACACACGAGAUUUCACACAGGUGAGAAACCUUUUGAAUGUAACAAAUGUGGAAAGACUUUCAGACCGAAGUCAGACCUCACUUUGCAUGAGAGAAAUCACACUGGAGAGAAACCUUAUGAAUGCAACAAAUGUGGUAAGGCUUUCAGAGGGAAGUCACACCUCACUUUGCACCAAAGAACACAUACAGGAGAGAAACCUUAUGAAUGCAACAAAUGUGGAAAGACCUUCAAGUGGAGUUCACACCUUGGCAUGCAUAACAGAAUUCACACUGGUGAGAAACCUUAUGAAUGUAACAAAUGUGGAAAAACCUUCACCCGGAGUUCAUACCUCAGCAAGCAUAAGAUAAUUCACACAGGUGAGGAACCUUAUGAAUAUCCCAAGUCCCCUCAUCUGAUGAAGGCAGUGAAGGUGUGGUCUCUUAUUUCUCUCUUCCAAGAUGUUUUACCAAAACAUUAG